AUGCGGACGCGGCUGGUGCGCCAACUGUGGGAAACAAAUUCAGUCGGUCAAGUCGACUUCACAAGACGACCGGCAACGAGUCCAAAAUUGGCUGGCGACGACGGCACAGAAUGCGAACAAGGCAACCACCAGCCCUUCUUCAGCCCCGACAGCGAGUCAAGUGCCAAAACCGGAAGUGCUCCCUGCACCACUUGCGCGAACACGAAAGCGCUUGAGGUCGAGCUGAAGCUGUUAACCAAUGAAAAUGACGAGCUGAACACGCAAAUUGAGGGGUUGCGAAAAGGACAGGGAACAAUGACAAAGCAAAGGAAUGCUGAAAAAGCCGAAUUUGAGGAGAAGAUCAAAAACCUAACUGAAGAAAAGAAAAAGCUCGAGUUACGCCUAACCGAGCAGGCCAAACACCUGGAGAACAGCUUGAAGUAUAACCAGCAAAAGGAUGUGGAGAUCAAAAAUCUACACGAGGAACUGCAGCGCGAAGAGCUGAAAUCAAACGAACUACACGAGGCGAAGACAAAAAUUGCUGCCGCCAAUCUUCAGCAGAUCAAGGGAUUGGAAGGCAAGAAUCUGCGCUUGACGAGCGAGAUCCUGGAGUUGAGGGAAAGCGCCGUGACGUACACUCGAAUCCGGGUCAAAAUUACGAAUAUUCCGAUGGACGAUACGCAGGAGGACGUGAUCAAGAAGUGGCUCGACGGCGGGAAGCAUUUGAUUUAUUGGGAUGAAAGCCCUGACAUGUUCAUGCGAUUGCUCGCUGACGACACCCAAUCUUGUGUUGCGUAUCUGGCGAAUGAGGAAGCUGCUCUAGAGUUAAAAAACCGUUUCCACGGCAGCGAUGUUGACGGCAAGAAACUUCUGUUCGAGCUGGAGAUCUUGAAGCGAAAAGUUGAGGGGGAACGAAAGAAACCCGCUCCUGUAUCAUCAAGUCAAAGGUCAUACGUACCGAGGGAACAACAGGCCACCACGAGCCAAGCCACUUCAAAGAAUUCAACCUCUACGCCGACUCCUCCAAAAUCUUCUACCCCCGACCCAAAAGCAACAAAUGUUCUCUCAAUUCGCGGUUUCGGCAAUGAAGCCACGGACAAGGAAAUUAUUCAAUUGGUCGAUGGUAGCACGCAGCUCUUCCAGAAGAAGGAUGGAAAGCCCCGCAUCGAGCAGUACCCCGGCUUUCACCUUGUCUACAUGAACACGCCGAAAAUCGCUGAAAAGGUUUUCAACCGUCUCCAGGGCAGGACCUACAAAUGGGGCAAGCUGCAGGUCAGCUACCAUCUC